CGACUACAACAGGGUAGAAGAUUGGGCUUCGUGCACAAAUUUGUUGCUGUCGUCGAGAAACGUUAUCUCCACUACUUCACCCUUGCCUUCCUACGCUUUCUUUCCUCAUCGCCGGGCGGCGGCGGCGGCGGCCAUGUCCAUCCCCGGGAACGGCCACCUCCCGGCCUCCACCGACCUCCCUGACCACUCCUCCUCCGCCUCGGACCCCGAGGCCGACUACCGCCCCAUCUCCGCCGCCGCCACCGACUCCGACACCGACACAGAUCCCGACCCGGCGCCCCACCACCGCCUCGGCUCCAUCGGGAACGGCGUCUCCGAGCUGGAUCUCGACUCCGGCGGCGAUGACGACCACUGCGAGGGCGCGGACGGGGAGGAUACGGUGGCGGAGGAGGAGGAAGGCCUGGGGCUUGGGGAGGAGGCGGCCCGUGCGUUCUCGGAGGACGAGCGGCGCCGCCGCGCCCCGCUCCCCGCGGGCGCCGCGGCGCGGAUCGUGGACGCGAUGCGCGGCGUGGAGUUCCCCGGCGCGCCGCCUCCGUGGGCCGGCAGCGUCCCCGAGGACCAGUGGCUCGACCGCCUCCGCUCCCUCCGCGCCGGCGCCGGCCAUCCCCACUAGGAGGAGGAAUUCAUUAGCUGCUUGCUGCAAAUUUCUUGUGUCUUGCUUAGAUGCAGGCUGAGAUGCUGCUGCUUCUUGGGAAAUUUGUGGACAAAUCAUUCGGGGUGACAUUUGUGUGUUCUUGUUGUUGUAUGGAGUAAGUACUUACUGCAAUCUUGAUUUUCUUACUGAACUGAAGUAUGUCAUGUUGCUUUCCUUAAUUUCACGAACUGAUUUUUUUGA